AUGAAAACGCUUUGUUGGCUUUUAGUCGUUUACAGCCAAGUAUUUUUGGCUUUAAGCGUUGAACGAAAGCCUUUAAACAAGCAUAUUCGUCAUUACGAGCCGCUGAACUAUGCCGAAAGCGAUAUAAAAGAUACGUUCAAAAAUGGACUCGAAACGAAGUCGUUAGAUUUCAAAUCUCACGGAAGGGAAUUCAAACUGCGUUUAGAACCGGACAGAGAUUCGUUUCAUCCUGGUUUAGAUCGACUAAACGAUGAGAUAAAAGAACAUUUAAACUCGGCGUUAGCAGGCUAUCUUGAAGACGAACCGAAUUCCGAAGCCUUCGGCUCGAUACGAAAUGGCAGAUUCGAGGGGACAAUAUUCACCAACGACGAAGAAUACACCGUACGGCCGGCAGAAAUGUAUUUUGAUGAACCUCAAGAAUUUCAUUCGGUUAUCUUUCGUUCGAAAGACGAAGACGAAAGC